GGCCGCCGCCGCACGGCCGUCCCGGGAGCCCAACAAAGAGCACGCGGCGCCGGCCGCCCGCACUCGCGCCCUGAGGCUCCCGGCCCCCGAGCGUCCGGCGGCGGUUUCGGCGCGGCGGCCGGGGCGGGCGAUGGAAGAUGGAAGGGAGCAACGCCGGGGCAGAGACAUUUGUUUGGGUUAACAAUGCAUCUGCACAUUCCCAGAGUGUUGCCAAGGCCAAAUACGAAUUUUUAUUUGGCAGACCCGAAGAGAAAACUCCAGAUACUAGUGAUCAUGGAGGAAGCACUUUACUCCCACCGAAUGUCACAAAUGAAUUUCCAGAAUAUGGGACCAUGGAGGAAGGCGGAGAAGGCCUAAGAACUUCUCUGGAGUUUGAUGCAGAGCCUCUGCCAUGCCGCCCACAAGGGCAGCACGGGGUCCAGCUUCCUGGUGGCCACCACUCUGGGCUCGACAGUGUUACCGAAGGACCAAAAGAUGUCAGAGAGGCCCCCUCUCAACGUCACCUCAAGGAACAAAGUUUACAACCCAUUGACUCUUUGAUUUCAGCUCUGAAAGCCACAGAAGCCAGAAUAGCUUCGGGAACAUUACAGGCUACAAAGGUACCGGACAAAGGUGGUGUUUCUAGCUUUUCAGUUCAGCAGGUGGGAAAAGAGCUGGACACUGCCAGUUAUAAAACACAGAGAGCCAACAAACGACUCCCUGCUGGCCAAGAAAAGUCACCAGAUAUACCUCUUUCAGCUGAAGUAACGACCGAGGAAGAUUUUUAUUUGAGCAUCCAGAAGGAUCUGACUGCACUGUUAACUGGAGACACUCAGGCAGAGCUUUCCCAGAUAACUAAGGAUGGGAGAGAAGGGGCUCUCUGUGGGCAGGAGCUGGGGGGCCCAGCAGCGACCCACAGCUCCGCGGGCGGUGUUGGUUCCUUGAAGGAGCAGAGGUCUGCUCUCGGGAGAGUGCACCCAGAGAGAUGUGAUCGAGGCAGCUCCCUGGGACGCCCAGGCCGGAUCAAACAUGUGGAAUUUCAAGGGGUGGAGAUACUGUGGACAGGAGGAGAUAAGAGAGAGACGCAGCAUCCUGCAGAUUUUGAGACGUCGCUGGAAAGGAGAGCCUGUCCUGAAAGCAAAGAGUUUCCCAAAGUGCCAAGCCAUCUCAUCUCAUCUGCUGGUUUGUGUAAUUCAAGUAGUUUAACCGAGCGUGUUAGGGAUGAAACCUGGAGAGCUCCUUCAGAGAGGCCCGGCACUAGCUCAGGGACAUUUUCCCCUGUGCACCUUGAUGAGAGUGGAGAGGACGAAGUCUUCCUGAAGGAAAACACGCAACAUUUUGAGAAGAAACCUGAACCAGCAAGAAACAAGGAAAGGAUCGUUGAGCAAGAGGAGCACCUUAGGGGAGAAGACGAAGAUACCCUUGGGCCCGGAUACACGGAGGACUCCACUGAUGUGUACAGCUCCCAGUUUGAAACCAUUCUGGACAAUACUUCUUUGUACUACAGUGCAGAGUCGUUGGAGACAUUGUACUCAGAGCCCGAUAGCUACUUUAGCUUCGAAAUGCCCCUCACUCCAAUGAUUCAACAGCGCAUUAAAGAAGGUGGUCAGUUCUUGGAGAGGCCAUCAGGAGGAGGACAUCAGGAUGUCCUGAGUGUCUCAGCAGAUGGUGGAAUAGUGAUGGGAUAUUCCAGCGGGGCCACCAACGGGCUGAACGAUCCCAGCGACUCCAUCUACACGAGAGACACCCCGGAGAUUGCUUUCUGGGGAAGCAAUGCUGGGGUGAAAACAGCUCGGCUGGAGGCUCAUUCUGAAAUGGGGAGCACUGAAAUUGUGGAAAAGGAGACCUCAGAAAAUCUCAGUAAUGGUACCAGCAGCAACGUGGAAGCAGCCAAAAGGUUGGCCAAACGCCUUUAUCAACUAGACAGAUUCAAAAGAUCAGACGUCGCAAAACACCUAGGCAAGAACAAUGAAUUUAGCAAACUAGUUGCAGAAGAGUAUCUGAAGUUUUUUGAUUUUACAGGAAUGACGUUGGAUCAGUCUCUCAGGUAUUUCUUUAAAGCAUUUUCUCUUGUGGGAGAAACUCAAGAACGAGAGAGAGUUUUAAUACACUUCUCCAAUAGAUAUUUUCAUUGCAACCCAAAUACCAUUGCUUCACAAGGUAAUCCGAAUGCAGCAGUGGUGGUGGCUUGUGCAGCCAUGGUCAAGAUUAAGGUUCGGGACCCUCACGGCAAGAAGGAGGAACUGCUGAGAGAGCUGGAUGACCUGAAGAUGGUCAGGUGUGGUGUCCCAGUAAUUAACCAGACUCAGAAAGAAAACCUCAAGAAAUUCUAUAAGGGCAAGAAGUAUAAGCCCCUGGAUCUGUAG